AUGGGCCAAGUCUACGCCAUGCUCAAGAACGGAACCCCAAUGGUGCGCAUCACUACCGAGGACGGCGAGGAAGAGGUUAUUGUGAAUCACAAAUUCUUCAACGAAAUCAAGAAUCUCCCCGACAACACUCUCAGCAUCGUUGAAGGUAUCAAUUUUGCCACGGCUGGAGACUACUCUCACGUACAGAUCCUAAGCCCUAUUGGCCAAACCGCCAUUCGUUCAGACCUCACGCCUGGCUUACCUCGUCUGGCACCCAUACUCUCGGAGGAAUCAGACUUGGCAUUGGGACGCGUGCUACCCCAGUCCCAAAAUCCCACGGCCGUCAGCGUGUAUCCGAGCGUUCUCUCCAUCAUUGCUCAGAUCACAUCUCGAGUCUUCGUGGGCAAAGACUUGGGCCGCAAUCCUCGGUGGCAAGAGCUUUCCCACCAAUACUCCACUCAAGCUUUUGAAGCGUCUCACGCAAUAAAGCAGUGGAAGCCAUGGUUGCGGCCACUCGUUCACCGUUUCCUCCCGGAGAUUCGAAAGCUGAACUUCCUAUACAGCGAGGCCGUUGAGCUGCUUAAGAACGACGCCAUCUCAAACACCAAACGCGAAGAGGACAUUCUUACGAAUUGGUUAGCAGCCAAAUUUCCGGAAUGGGCAACGAACUACGAGUUGCAAGCAUCCAUUCAAAUGGAAAUCGCAAUGGCGGCCAUCCACACGAGCUCCAUGGCCCUGGCGCACCUAAUCUUUGACCUCGCCGCAUACCCGGAAUACGUGCAGCCGUUAAGAGACGAGAUCAACGAAGUCUUACACGAAGCAGGCGGUUUUACAAAGGAAGCUAUGGCGAAGCUGAAGAAGAUGGACAGCUUUAUGAAGGAAUCCCAGUGUCGGAACCCCCCCGCAUUGACCACCUUCAAACGUAAGGCUCUCAAAGGCUUUACCCUCUCCGAUGGUACAUUCAUCCCUAAGGACACAAUUCUCGAAGUCGACGGCGCGAACCGGUAUUGGGACUUGGAACUGUAUGAGAACGCAGACCAUUUCGACGGCUUCCGUUUCUAUCGUCUACGAGAGCAGCUGAACGAGCCCAAUAAGCACCAAUUCGUGUCCUCUAGCAACGAAUAUCUCCACUGGGGUAUGGGACGGCAUGCGUGCCCUGGAAGAUUCUUCGCUGGGAAUGAAAUCAAAACCGUGCUGGCAAAGAUUCUGCUCUCUUACGACAUAUCUUUGCCUAAAGGAGCUACGAGGCGGCCGAAGAAUAUUGUAUUCUCAACUCAGGUGAGCUUUUAA